AUGCCAAUUGCAUGGACCGAAAGUUUAACAUUGAGAUUAGUAACUCUUUAUAGUAAACACGAGUGUUUAAGAAAUCCUUUUCACCCAAAUUUUAGAAAUAAACUAUAUCGUUACAAAGCUUACAAAGAGAUCGUGAAUUCUAUGAACGUUUGUGGUUUAACAGUUUGUGAUUGUAUCAAAAGGAUUACUUAUGUAAAAGCUCAAUAUUGUUAUGAAUUGUCUAAAAUUAGUGCUGCGAUAUCUUGUGAGAAAUUUUACAGUCCAACAAUGAGCUGGUUUCCAAUAGUACACCAAUUAUUCUUUCCAUUUAUAGCAACGUAUAGUGAUACUUGUGAGAAAUAUGAUGAUAAAAGAGACACAUUUAGAAACUACUGUGAUGAAAUACGCGAUCAAUACAGAAUACAUUCAAAUUCUGUAGAACAAAGAAUAUUAAAUAAGGAUUGUAAUUAUUCAUAUGCAACUUGUUAUUGUGAUAAAUCGAAUAUAAUUAAACCUCGUACUCGUAUCAAAAAAGUAGAAAAAUUUUUUAUCCCGGAUGAACAUGAGGAAAUUAUUACUUCGCAACCUACAGAUUGCAAAAAUUAUUUACAUAUGCAAAAAAUAACUCGAAUUGAUGUUGCUAAUAAUACCAAGAAAAAUAUCAAUACAGAGCAUGCAACUCAAACCGAAAUCUCUUAUUUCAAAACUGCAUGUACAACUUGCCAAGUGUGUAUAGAAAAUGAAUCUAACACUGCAAAUCUGAUGACUAUAAUGAUGAAAAAUGAUCCGAAAGAUAUUGAUGGUAUAGAUUAUAUUUUGACAGAAAAUGAUAUUAAAGAGGCAAGGAAAAUCGAUGAGUUUGAUAUGUUCGGCAAGAGUAUUGCAUUUCAAUUGCGAAAUAUAAGUUUCGAAGUUGCUAUUAAAUUAGAGAAACAUAUACAAGAUCUAAUUGCUCAAGAACGUCUGGAUAAUAUGAAAUCAAGAUAUUUGGAUUGUUAUACAUCUUCAACUUGUAGUGAAUGUACACUAUUACAUAAGGAAAUUACUUGUAGCUGCGGUCUUCCAGUUAUCAAAAUUAAGACCGAUUCUUCUUAUGACUUCGAUUGUAAACAAUGGAAAUAAAAAUUUACGAAUUAUUUA